AUGCAAGCUGAGCCACGUCAUCAACUAGAAACAGUUGUUGAAGAAGAGAGCUUUGGUCCACAAGCAAUAUCUAAACUAGAGGGUAAUGGUAUUACUGCUAGCGACAUCAAGAAAUUAUCAGAAGCAGGCUAUCACACAGUAGAAUCAGUAGCAUAUGCACCAAAGAAAGCUCUUGUUGUUAUAAAGGGGAUCAGUGAAGCUAAGGCAGAUAAAAUCUUGAACGAGGCUGCUAAACUAGUUCCUAUGGGAUUUACUACAGCAACUGAAUUUCAUCAGCGACGAUCAGAGAUUAUACAACUUACAACAGGUUCAAAGGAACUCGAUAAAUUAUUACAAGGUGGUAUAGAGACUGGAUCUAUAACAGAAAUAUUUGGAGAAUUUCGUACUGGUAAAACUCAAUUAUGUCAUACUUUAGCUGUGACAUGUCAAUUACCUAUUGAUAGUGGGGGCGGUGAAGGAAAAUGUCUCUAUAUUGACUCUGAAGGAACUUUCCGACCAGAACGACUCUUAGCUGUUGCUGAAAGAUAUGGUUUAUCUGGGGCUGAUGUCUUAGACAAUGUUGCAUAUGCCAGAGCGUAUAAUACUGAUCAUCAGUCACAACUAUUGAUACAAGCAGCUGCUAUGAUGUCUGAGUCAAGAUAUGCUCUAAUAGUAGACAGUGCUACAGCACUCUAUCGUACGGACUAUUCUGGUAGAGGAGAAUUAAGUGCAAGACAAAUGCAUCUUGCUAGAUUUUUACGGAAUUUAUUGAGACUAUCAGAUGAGUUUGGUGUUGCUGUAGUAAUAACAAACCAAGUUGUAGCUCAAGUUGAUGGAGCUGCUGCCAUGUUUUCUGUUGACCCUAAGAAACCUAUUGGUGGUAAUAUUGUAGCUCAUGCCUCAACUACAAGAUUAUAUUUACGUAAAGGUCGAGGUGAGACUAGAAUAUGUAUAUAUGACUCUCCUUGUCUGCCUGAAUCUGAAGCUAUGUUUGCUAUUAAUCCUGAUGGUAUUGGUGAUGCUAAAGAUUAA